AUGAAAGAAGAUAUCAGCAGAACUCAUACAGAAGAGGCAAUGCAUAAUAAUUUUGACAAAGAGAAGGCUAAGUCUAAAUCGCAAUCUAUCUCUUCGCCUGAGAAUGAGAAUACUUCUCUGAUUCAUAAUAAUGUUGAAGACAAGUCACAACAAUAUAAUGAUGAUGAAGUAUUCUCAAAUUUAUAUGAUGAAGACUAUUGCGAACUAUCUGAGUUUAAGGAUUAUUGUAGUCAGUUUACAGAAGAUACGUGUAAUCGUGUACACACUUCCACUCUUAUACAAAAAUCUUUUAUUGUAGGAUGCUUUGAUCCUUUCCUUCAUGAAAGGCAUAACAUAGCGCAAUGCAUUUCCCCAACCAAUUUUGAAUCAAAAUCACCAAACCUUGAAAGGACAUUCGCAAUAGAUACAACUAUAUACAUUUUGAAUAGGCUUUUUCAGGAUGUACCAAGAUGUGUUAGAUCAGAAUUGUUCUUAAGACAAGGUAAAAAAGCCCUUGAUUUUAAAGAUGUUGAUAAUAAGAAAGAUGUUCUAAAAAUGGUCAAGUCAGUAAACAAGUCUACUAUAAAUGAAAAUGUAUAUAAAUCUGAAGUUGAAACGACUUCACAGAAGGGAAAGAAGGCUAAAAGGAAAGGCAGUGUAUCUGCUUAA